AUGCAGUCUGCAGGCUUGGAGAUCCUUGGGAUCAUCCUGGCUGUGGCUGGCUGGCUGGGGGUGAUGGUGGCCUGUGGCCUGCCCAUGUGGAGGGUCGCUGCCUACAUUGGACAGAACAUAGUCAUCUCUCAGGUGAUCUGGGAAGGCUUGUGGAUGAACUGUUCGGUGCAGAGCACAGGCCAGAUGCACUGCAAGGUGCAUGAUUCCAUGCUUGGGCUGCCGGUUGAUCUACAAGCAGCUCGAGCCUUAGUCAUUGUCUCCAUGGUGCUUUGCAUUGUGGGCAUCUGUCUGUCUGUGGCUGGUGCUAAAUGUACUAACUGUAGCCGGGAUGCGAGCAGUAAACCCCGCUUUGUGGUGGCUGCUGGAGUAACCUUCAUCGUAGCUGGACUGCUGCUGCUAGUGGCUGUGUCCUGGACAGCCCACGCCAUUGUCCUGGGCUUCUACGAUCCACUGCUGGAGGAGACGGCGAAGCGGGAGUUUGGGAAUGCUCUGUACUUUGGCUGGGCUGCCUCCUGCCUGCUCAUUCUAGGGGGAGCCCUGCUUUGUUGCUCCUGCCCAUCCAGAUCAGCAACAGCCCAAAAAACAUCUGUGUGCUUCGACUCACAUGCUUCAGACAUGCCUUCAGUUGGAUUAGAGAUACUUGGAGUGGCUCUGGCCAUCCUGGGAUGGAUCUCAGCUGUUGUUUCGUGUGCCAUGCCCAUGUGGAGAGUGUCAGCUUUUAUUGGUGUGAACAUUGUCACAGCCCAGACGAUCUGGGAGGGCAUCUGGAUGAACUGCGUGGUCCAGAGUACAGGCCAGAUGCAGUGUAAGAUCCAUGACUCCAUGUUAGCUCUAAGUGCCGACCUUCAGGCUGCUCGUGCCCUCACCAUCAUCUCCAUUGUGUUGGGAAUUGUGGGACUCCUUGUGGCUGUUAUGGGGGCAAAGUGCACAAACUGUGUGGAUGAUGAUGUAGCGAAGGCUCGGGUGAUGAUAGCCGCCGGUGGUGCCUUCAUCCUGGCUUCUCUCACCCAGCUGAUCCCUGUGUCAUGGUCUGCACACACUAUUGUUAUGGAGUUCUACAAUCCAGCUAUACCUGAGCCCCAGAAAAGGGAAAUUGGUGCAGCUCUGUACCUGGGCUGGGCUGCUGCUGCUUUCCUCCUCACUGGAGGCAGCAUCCUUUGCUCUAGUUGUCCACAGCAACCAGAGAAAUGGAAUGGGCCUCCAUCAAAGAUCUACUCCCAAACCAGGUCAGUCGCCCCAAGCGGCUUCGACAGGAGAGACUACGUCUGAGGAGACACCUGCUCGUUUCCCACAUAUUUAUCAUCAUGGAAAAGACUAAUCACAGAGAACUGGAGGGACAAUAAUAUCUUAAAAGUUUGUAUCUUUGCUUUCAAAUUGAAAUAUAAAAACUUCAUUGUGCAUCAAAAAAGGAGAGAAAAUGUUAAUUAUUUUUAGUAUUUUUAGUAUUUUAGUGUUUUACAUGUUGGUUGUUUAAUUAAAGGCCUUGUUUUGUUUUAACUAUGUUAUUGUGAUAAACUUUUUUUCUUUUAAUCUUUCUUUUAA